UUAAUACAGAUCUCUCAGGAUUCACAAUUUUCAGAUAUAUAAAGAACGACGCAACAAAGUUUUUUUUUUCUUUUUCAAAAACUUGUCCUUUGCAAUCUGCAUGUUGGCUUCUGAUGAUGAAUGCCAUCGCUUUUCUUGGAAACUCAACGAUGAGACCCUCAAAAUGUAUUCUCCGUGCGCUUACAAGAUUAUCUCCAUCUAGAGACACUGCGUUUCAAUCGCAUCCUUCUCCAUUUUCGAGCUUCAGAAACAAAAACAUCAACAAUCCAGAUUCCAAUAGAAUCAGCAAACCGACCAAUGCUGUGCCAUUUUGUACUGGCAUACCAAGCUCUGUUACAGCUCAGGUUGUUUCUGAGGCAAGAAGCCUCUCUGCUUCCUCGACCUGCACAAAGGACACGACACUGGAUCAGAGAAUCGCCAAGAACGGCGUAAAUGUGAAAAUUAUCGAAAGGUUAGAAGGAGAUGAGAACGCUGAAAAGGUGAUCAAUGGAGAUGACAAAAGCAUAGAUAGAGAUGGUCUAGAGGAUAAUAAAAGAAACGAAAUUGAGGAGGAAGCUUGGAGAUUGCUGAGGCAAUCAGUAGUGACAUACUGCGAUUCGCCAGUAGGUACGAUGGCUGCUAAUGAUCCAACCGAUACAACACCAUUAAACUAUGAUCAGGUCUUUAUUAGGGAUUUUGUACCUUCGGCUCUGGCUUUUUUGAUGAAAGGGGAAGGAGAAAUUGUUCGAAACUUCCUUCUUCACACGUUGCAGUUGCAGAGUUGGGAAAAAACGGUUGAUUGUUAUAGUCCAGGACAAGGAUUAAUGCCUGCGAGUUUCAAAGUUAGAACUUUACCGCUUGAAGAGGACAAGUUCGAAGAGGUUCUGGAUCCUGAUUUUGGAGAAUCAGCAAUAGGUCGUGUUGCCCCCGUUGAUUCUGGUUUGUGGUGGAUAAUCCUGUUGAGAGCAUACGGGAAAAUCACAGGGGAUUACUCGCUGCAAGAGAGGGUAGAUGUGCAGACAGGGAUAAAGAUGAUUGCAAACCUGUGCUUAGCUGAUGGGUUUGAUAUGUUUCCAACUUUAUUAGUCACUGAUGGCUCUUGCAUGAUAGACAGGCGUAUGGGUAUCCACGGUCACCCUCUUGAGAUCCAAGCUUUGUUCUAUUCCGCACUACGGUCUUCUCGUGAGAUGCUUACUGUAAAUGAGAGCUCUAAGAACCUGAUAAGGACCAUUAACAACAGGCUCAGCGCAAUAUCCUUCCACAUAAGAGAAAAUUAUUGGGUUGACAAAAGCAAAAUCAAUGAGAUCUACCGUUACAAAACAGAGGAGUACUCUACGGAUGCCACCAACAAGUUCAACAUCUACCCGGACCAGGUCUCUCCGUGGUUAAUGGACUGGAUUCCUGAAAGUCCUAGAUCUGGAUUUCUUGUAGGAAACCUGCAGCCUGCUCACAUGGACUUCAGGUUCUUCACUCUGGGAAACCUCUGGUCAAUCGUAUCCUCGUUAGGAACACCAAGACAGAACCAAGCUAUAUUGAAUUUGAUUGAGGAGAAAUGGAAUGAUCUCAUAGGGCAUAUGCCACUUAAGAUAUGCUACCCGGCUUUGGAAUCUUCAGAAUGGCAUAUAAUCACCGGGAGUGACCCAAAGAACACGCCUUGGUCUUAUCAUAAUGGAGGGUCAUGGCCAACACUUCUCUGGCAAUUCACAUUGGCAUGCAUCAAGAUGGGUAGACCAGAAUUAGCAGAGAAAGCAGUUACCUUGGCUGAGAAGAGGCUCCAAGCUGACAGGUGGCCUGAGUACUACGAUACAAGAGACGGGAAGUUCAUAGGGAAAAAGUCACGGCUUUACCAGACAUGGACAAUUGCUGGUUUCUUAACUUCAAAGCAGCUAUUGCAGAACCCUGAAAUGGCAUCCUCUUUGUUCUGGGAAGAAGACCUUGAGCUUCUAGAGACUUGCGUCUGCGCUCUAACCAAAUCAGGCCGGAAGAAAUGCUCUAGGGCCGCAGCAAAGUCACAGAUUCUUAUUUAAAUUGGUUUUGUCCAUAAAAACGAAGACGAUUAAGAUAUUAAAGCUCCUGU